UUACAAAAUAGGUUCAUAAAAUUCAUUUGUCACAACAAAAUUGAGUGAAAAUGACGAAACUAACAAAGCCUCAAUACAGACUAGCAACCGUUGCCUCUGUUUUAGGAAUACUUCAGGGGACAGCUUGGCUUGUUAUGUCGAUAAUCUGUAUUGUAGUAUAUUUAGAGAGCAAAAGUGGACCUCCCGAUCUUCCUCAGCAAACAACCCUGGAUAUCUUCAAUCGCGACGUUUUUAGAAUUUUUCUGAAUGGAAACUCAGGGCCUAUAAGUUCUAACGGUUUUACUGUAUUUAUGUGGGUGUAUUUGAUUACUGAUAGCAUUUGGACAGUCGUUUCUAUUUUGCAGUUACGCAUAAUAAAUAAAACCCACAGUAACUGUCUUAACUUAUUCAAGUGCUGGGCAGUAAUAACAUUUUUAAUUGCCUGCAUUGAUUUGUUACUAGUAGUGCUGCUUGGAGUUGAUUAUCAUGAAAAUUGUUCACUACCCUAUAGGUGUACUGAUGUAUACAUUCCCGUACUUGUUAUAGCUGCGAAAGGAUUUUUCUUGUGGAUUAUUAAUGUUAUUUUCGUUUAUGUUUUCUACAAAAUCAUUAGGACCAUCCAGUCUGGAAAAAAUUUGAGCAGAAGUUUGCUAAGCGCAGAUCCACAAAUUCCUCGAGCGACUCUUCAGUCGUCUACCAAUCGGAGUAACGGGGCAAAUCAGAAUAACUGGUCGAAUCAGUCUGCACCCUAUAAUAAUAAUGAUAAUUUUUGGAGUAAUAAUCCAAGACCUGUUGCCUAUGAUGGAAGGAGUCCACCAACAAGUCCUAUGUAUUAUCCAGUGCAGCAGCAGCAGCCAUCUUAUGCCAGAUAUUAGAAAGCAUCGACAUACUUUUCGUUGAUUACCUUUUAUUGAGGAUUAAGAUAAAAAUUCUUAAAUGACUGUAUAUUGCUUAACGUGUGUUGAUUAAUUUAAAACUGUGUCGUCUCAACUGUCGUUUUAUAAUUUCUAGGUAUAGAAGGAAAUAAUUUAGUCAUUAAAAGUAUUAAAUAAAA